GUUAGCAAAUAGUUCAGAUUGUGGACACUUGUUCUCUACACAUCUUCACUGCAGACACACACACACACACACUUUUCAGACUGACUGACACUCUUUCAGACCGCUGAACUAUUGAAAAUGUUUCACACAUUUCCUUUCAGCUGUUUGUGCUGUUGCUGUCUGGUUGGAGUGUUUGCUGGUACAGAUGAACUGAAGUCAGUGUCAGUGAUGGAGGGAGAUUCAGUCUCUCUAAACUCUGGUCUCACUGAAAUACAGAGAGGUGAAAAGAUAUUGUGGGCAUUAGGACGCAACAGGGAUCUUAUAGCUGAAACUGAUGGAGUGAAAAAUACGUUCAAUGAUCGUCCUGAUGGGAGAUUCAGAGGCAGACUGAAGCUGGACAAGAAGACUGGAUCUCUGACCAUCAUGAACAUCACAACUGAUCAUACUGGAGUUUAUGUACUUGAUAUCAGCGGCAUCAGCUCAUCGUCUACAUACAGAUUCACUGUUACUGUCUAUGCUGCUACUACUAUGCCUGAUCCUGUUACCAGUGGAGACUCAUCAUCAUCAUCAUUAUCAUCAUCAUCACCAUCACCACCAUCAUCACCAUCAUCAUCAUCAUCAGCAUUGCCAAAAUGUGAACAUAUUAACAUCACUGAACUCUGUCAGACUGCAGAUUCUCCAGAAGGCCACGCCCCCUGUUGUGAUUCUGUUGAAGCUGCGCUGCGAUUGGUCGUCACUGCGCUGAUGGGCGUGGCUUCUGCGGCUGCCGCUGUUCUUCUGGUCAAUGACGUCAGAGCUGCAAGAGGAUGACGAGAGAAAACAAAGCAGAAAACAUUGAAUCUAUCCAGUUAAUCAUGUUUUAGAAAGAUUUAAAGUCAAUAUUGCAUAUACAAUUCUUCUGUUUUUAUCACUUUAUCUACUUAAGCUUAUUUUGCAAAGAUUUAGAAAUCUAUAUUCACAGAUAGUAUUGAAAUGAAAAUCUUAUGCAACAUGAUAAAUGUAUUUUUGAUCAGUUUAAUAUUA